AUGCCUACUGUCUCACGAAAGCGAAAAUCUCGUACUCGUCCUGAAUCAAAGCCAUAUGAGCGGCGAGCUGGCAUCCUGCAUUCUUCCAGCCCUGCACUUUCCGAUGACCAAAACGGUGAUGAAUGCCCUCCCUCACCAAUCUUGAAUAUAGCGGACAAACCUGGAUUUCCUACAUACACUCAGUACAAACGUCUAGAGAUGGCAUACCUGCAGUCCCUGUCCCCGCGGAAACGUGACAAGGCCCUCAUAUCUCAGUGCAUGUUCGAUAAAAUCUGGGACGUACUACAUCAACCGGAUGCAUGCUCUAUUGGGACACCACAGUUUCGCUUCUGGGUUCGCAAGAUGUUCACGCUCAGCACACCCGACAGAGAAAACGAUGACUGUGAGGCACUGGCAGUUGUCAUCCUCCAUGAGAACAGACCAGUCGCCGUUCAGGAGCAGCUAUAUGAACUCUUUUGUUACUGCCACGAAGAGUCCAACCACGGCGGUCGGGACAAAACUUGCGCUGUCAUCCGCCAGCACUACUCAUGGGUCCCGAAAGAGCUUACUGCGCAGUUCGUCAAAGCUUGUCCUACGUGUACCUUCAAACGGAGCGGGAACCCGGAGCUUAUUGCACUAGUCCAGGGGAAGAUGUCCACUCACAAGCUUAAGGAGGAGGAAUCCCAAGGUUUGCUGUGCCAGUCAGGUUCUCCUGAAACAGGUUGGCGGUUUUCUGGAGGUCCACUCGAUCAGACCGAAAAUGUCGCCCGUUUCAUCGACCCUCCGUCCACCCCUUCACCGUCUUUGUACCUGCAGAGUCCUAAGCUACCCAUGCGUCCCCGACCACCCUUGCUAGAUUCAGCACUACAAGACCUCACUGGCAUGCAUUUGAGGCAAAUUCACACCGGCUUAGACCCAUUGACCUUGGACCUCGCGAGUCUGUGUAGUCAUUCUGAUGCGAAGCCAGGUGAUUUGCCGUCUCUAGCAGAAGCCUACCGGGACAACAUGAAAGAUGACCAGUACAAAUUGGCCGCUCUGUGGCCCGAAAAUAUUUCAGACUCGCUCCCCCCUGAACUGCAGCGCCUACAACUGUCGAGCCCAGUUUUUGCACAGGACUUACACGUUAACCAGAUCGAUCCUGCCCUGCUAACCAGGGAAGAGAAAAACAACAGAGAAAGAAACGGUUGCAUGGAGGGAAUGUUUCCCUCGUUACCUUAUUCGCCAUCGGACUUCAGAGAGUCGCCUAACCUCAGGUUCCCGUCGUCUCCCGUGACUCCCGAGGAGCAACAGCGCCAUAGUCUGUAUGAAGAUUGGACACCGCUAAGUCUAGGGAUCAGUCCAGCGUCUUCUCAAUGGCAGUUUGGCAACAUGUCAGCUUACCAGACACCAAUGUUCAACUCUGCGACGGGCAACAGGUCAAUGACAGACUCCGAACACCAUCAUAUGUUGCCCGUUUCGCCACCAUUGUCACCUCUAACACCAUUCAUUAGUGGUUCACCAAUGCCUACUAAAGAGGGAGUAUUUGGAGACGCAGCUGUUGAGGGGAAUUUGAUGAUGAUAUAG